UGACACCCCACUAAAAUACAACAGAUGAUGUUUAUUUACAUCGCGUGAAUUAAUAACAAUCAGAUUUUUCAAACAAAUAAAUUGCUGAAACACACUUACUACUAGGCCUAACUACCUAGAGAAGAGGCCUGGCCCACUUUCUCUAUCAUCUAGUCUGCUAUAGAUAAAGUGGCAGGUAUGUCUGCAAAUAUUUAGCGGAAAUCUUGGUCUUGGAGGCUGAGUGUACAUUGAGCCAUUUUAUUAUUUGAAUGACGGAGGAACACAGACAUGGAACAGGAAACAAUACCAAAAGUUGUGCAAGAUCUACAAAGUUGUGCUAAAGAAUUAAAGAAGGAAUUUGAUGAAUAUAAGUAUCCAGUCACUGAUGAUUCUGUGACAUUACACAAGUUCUGUUCACGUCUGGAAUAUCUUAUGCAAGGCGAAUUCAAAAUUCGCUAUUCUUUGAUCGGGCCGAAGAAAGAAUAUUGGGAUUAUUUUGUUAACUGCCUUAACAGGACCAAAGGGUUUAACGAUGGCAUCAAGUUUGUCAAAGGGAUGUCAGAGGUUCGGACAUCACUUGGUAGAGGGCGUGCUUUUAUUCGCUACAGUUUGGUUCACCAACGGUUAGCGGACACUCUUCAACAAUGUUUUACCAAUAGGAAAGUUACCAGUGAUUGGUACUCCCCAAAAUCAUUUCUCUCGAAGCCGCAGCUCACCUCAAUAUUGAUCAAUGAUCUUUAUGAUUUGAAUGGUGUUCAGUUUGAUUUGAGCCCAACUGGCAACGACCUUGAUGCAGUCUGGCCGACUUUUGCAAGGAAAAACUUUAGUCAUGGUUUGCAUUUGUGGCAACCACCAAGUAGAACCACCAGUAUGAACAGUCUCAGCUCACAGGCUACAAAUGAAAUUUUGAGCACAAGUGUUCCAGAAGAAGAGAUCAAAGAUGAACAUUAUUCCCAAAUCUAUAAAGAUUUUCAAGAGUGUGAGGAGCUUAACAGGCAACUCCGACGACAAAUUACUUCCAUGGAAACUGAGAAUGAAGAUUUACAUAAACUUGCUUUGGAAACAGAGGAGAGGUUAAGCAGGUUUCAGGAGGAAGCAGAACGCUUCAAACAAGAUACAUUGUACAAGCUAGAGAAGUCUGAGAUAGAAUGUCAGAAGAAAAAUGAACAAAUUGCUAAAAUGGAUGAUGAGUUUCAGGCAAAGUUGAAAGAUUCUGAACAGAUGAAAACAGAUUUGUGUGACAGGAUUGAGUGUUUAAAUAAGCAGCAUGAAAGUCGUGAAAAAUUCCUGUCUAAAACUGAGCUUGAAUUGCAAUCAAGAAUCGCUGAGCAGGAGACCAUUGUAGGAAGUCUUAGGUUGCAGGUGACUAGUUUUACAAAUGAACAGGAAAGUUCAAAUCUUGUGAUAUUGAAAAAAGAUGAGCUUAUUCAAGAUCUUGAAUCAAAACUUGCAAAUUUUGAGUCAAAAAACAUGGAAUUGUUAUUAAAAAUGGAAGGUAUGGUUGACGAAAAGAAUGUUAAAGCUUCUAGUCAUUAUGAUUCAGCUUCUAAAGUACAUGAACUUCUAUCAAGAUUGAAUGAUGUGGAAACAGAAAACUUAAAUUUGAAAGGUAUAAAAGAAGAACUAAUUCGAAAAAUUGAGCUACUUGAGGGAAGUCUAAAAGAUAAUCAAGAGCAGUCAUCUGGAAAAAUAUCCGAAUUAAAUGCAAAAGUAAAUGAAUUAGAAGAAAGUUACAAAAAACAAUUAGAAGAAUCUCACAAGUAUCAAGCUGAAAAAAAUACAGAACUAUCUAAAGUUGAAGAACUGAAUCAAACUUUAAUGAAAAUGGAAUUGCGUAAAAGGGAAUUGGAAAGCGAACUUAAAGAUACAAAGAAUUCACUGAGUAAUAAUGAGCAUAAUAUAAGUUUGUUGUCUAAAGAUUUUGAGAGUCUAAAGCAGGAAAAACAAAAACUGGUAGAUGAAAAAUUUGAGCUAGAAUCUUCAAAGGGAGAUUUAGCUGGCAAGGUCAUCCAAACAGAGAUCCAAGUUCAGGAGUUAAAAGAGCAACUUUUAAAUCUAAAAACAAUCUUCAGUCAGAUAGAUUGCUCAAACACUGAAGAAGAAAUGUUGCAGAAGUCUGAAGACGAUAACAGGGAUGCAACAGAUAAUGGAAGAGAAUCAUCAGGCAUUCAGGAGCGAUUACAUAGUAUUGUGAUGGAGAAGAAGACACUAAAAGAGAAUCUGCAGGCCAGUAAUGAUGCCAUUUUAGUUGAAAAAUCCCAACGUUCACACUUUGAAAAACUUGUACAGGACAGAAAUUUUGAGGUUGAAAAUUUAUUAGAUGAAAAUAAGGAACUUAAAAAGAAUAUUAAUGCUCUUGAAUUUGAGAUUUCAAAGUCAAUUGACACCAUUAAAGAACAAAAGAAGAAAAAUUGUCUUCAAGAAGAAGAGUUGACCAAGUUGCAAACAGAAAACAUCAUUCUCAAGAAUGACUGUGAAAACUUGUUCAAAAAAGAAGCAGCUCUCUCCUGCCAUCUUCAAGAAAAGGAUAAAGAAGUUCUUGAGCAGAAGGAAGCUGAGCAAAAGACUGAGGUGGAGUUGCAAGCUCUUGCAGAAAUGUUGAGUACAAUUGAAGCUGAAAAACAAGAGUUGGUUCAGAAAUCACUAAAUGGAGAACAAUCAAUUGCUGCCUUAAGAGAGAAGGUCCAAAGCCUAAUGCAGGAGAAAGAAGAAUUGGAAAGGAGCUUGGAUGCAAUGGAGAAAUCGCUGGAGAAGGAAUCAGCUACUACCAGAGAGAUACAAACAACCUUAGAGGAGGUUAUUCAAGUUCAAGAAGACAGAGUUGGAGAACAAGGCAAGUUCGAAAUCUGCAAGGAAACCUUACAGAAGGAGCAUGAAGAUAAAUUGGCUUUCCUCCGAGAACAGUUUGACAUGUUACAGGCUCAGUUUAUUUCACUCAGUGAGGAAAAAGAAAAGAUGGAUGUGGAAACAGUUGCCUUAUUAAAUGAAAAAGCAACGUUGGAGAGAGAUUUAAUCGAAUUGAAAGAAAAAUCUGAGAGAGAAAGUAAACAAUUAUUUGAGAAAUCUGAGAUGUUAAUCAAGGAGCGAACUGAGAUUAAAGAUAAAAAUGAUGCUUUAAAUAUCAAGGUUUCAGAUCUUACAGAACUAUUAGAAUCAGCAAAAACCGAGAACGAAGAAGCUCUUAAGAAGUGGAGUGACUCUGCUACCAAUGACAACAAAACUCUCGAAGAGAACACAGUUGAAAUCAAAGGAUUACAUGACAGUCUUGAAUUCUUUAGUCAAGAGAAUAUAGAGGUGAAAGCAUCCUUAGAUGAUGUCAGGAAGCAACUUGAGGAGAAAACAGCUGAGUGUGCCAGUUUGGUAAUGGAACUGGAUAGUACCAAGGAGCAGCUGAGUGCAAUGAGAUUCCAAGCCAGCACAGAUGUAAUGAAAUAUGAAGAUUCCUUGAAGGAAUGCAAAGAACAAGAAGAGCUGAUAACAAGGUUGAAAGAGAAGGCACAGGAGCAGGAAAUACACGUCGUUGAUCUGGAGACUAAUUUGGAAACUGUUAGGAGACAGCUGGAAGAAGGAAGACUUAAACAGGCAGAAGAGUUGAGUAAAUUACUGGAAGAAGAAAAAUCUAGUAAGGAUAAGAUGCGUCAUGAUCUUGAAGUGCUCCGUGAUGAUAAAACCGACCGGGAAGUAAAGUUGGAAGCACAGAUUACUCAGAUCGCCAAUGAUAAUAAAGAAUUGAAGAAGAGGCUGGUCAAGUUACUCAGAGAGAAAGAUACAUUGUGGCAGAGGACGGAGAAGUUGGACUACUUGUUCAAGCAGAAAGCCUCUGAGAGGUGGUUGGAAGACAAGGAUGUUAAGAAUUGUAUGCAGUGCGAUACAGAGUUUGGUCUGACAGUGCGACGUCAUCAUUGCAGACUUUGUGGGCGCAUUUUUUGCAGCAAGUGUUCUAAUAAUUUUGUGAUGUCAUCCUCAAGCAACAAAAAGGUUCGUGUUUGUGAACCCUGUUACAUAAAACAUGAACAUAGCCAGGUGAAUGAUGGGCCAUCAUCAAAUAGCACAUCUUUAUUGGUCCAAAGUGAUGAUGAAGAAGAAGAAACAUUCAACCCACAUGACAAACAUGGUGGAUUAGAGACUAGUAUGAGAUAUGAAGACAGCAGGACCAGCCUUGACUACUCAAGCUUGCCCCUGCACCAAGAGCAGUCGCCAACAGAGAGCGAAAUUAGAGGAAGUUCAAUGACAGGUGAUCAAGAUAUGUUCAAUUAUGCCACAAUGCCUAAGUCACCAGACACCCCUACAAAGGCCUCAGGAGACGAAUUCUCAAUUAUUAGUGAAGAUGAGAUCAGUGUGAUCAGAGUUGUUGAUGAAGAACCAAAAGAGCGCUCAAGAACAGUUACUGAAGAAAGUUUGAUUAUUUGGGACAACAGAACAAUAGAACAAAUUCAGGAGAACUCUGAUGAGUUUAAUGAACUUGACAUCGAUGCUGGUGUUGGUCAUGGAAUCCCCAUUAUGGUGGAAGAACCAGGAGUAAGCAUCUGGUGGGAGUUCACAUCAAGUCCAAAGAGUAUUGGUUUUGCUGUUUUAUAUCGUGGUACGGCAGAAGACUGUGAGGUCACAGAACUGAUACCAUUGUGUCGCUGUAAUGCACAUCGAGAAGCCAUUCAAGGCGAGUUGACGACCAAGCAGGCUGGCUUGUACACUUUGGUCUUUGACAACUCUUUUUCAAGAUUUACAGCCAAGUUAGUCAAGUAUCGCUUACAAGCCAAAACAACGCAAGCAACAUAUUAGCAGUAGAUAUCGUCAGGAUACUACAGUAUCAAAGAAGUCCCUGGGAAUCAUCUAUGAAUAGAAUGCUAGUAAAUUGCUGUUGUGCCAUAUCAUAACAGAUUUAGGCCAGAUUGCCAAAACCCAGUUUGACAAAAUGCCAGAUUCCCGAGUCCACUUUUAGAAUGCCAGUUUGCCUGAAUGUCUGUUUGCUGAAUCAAAAACCACAGAUCCCAAUUGGUUUAAACUCAGUUUGCCGAAAGCAACAUAUUAGCAGCAGAUAUCGUCGGGAUACUACAGUAUCAAAGAAGUCCCUGAGAAUCAUUUAUGAAUAGAAUGCUAGUAAAUUGCUGUUGUGCCAUAUCGUAACGGAUUUAGUCCAGAUUGCCAACCCCCAGUUUGACAAAAUGCCAGAUUCUCGAGUCCACUUUUCGAAUGCCAGUUUGCCUGAUGCCUGUUUCCUGAAUCAAAACCACGGAUCCCAAUUGGUUUAAACUCAGUUUGCCGAAAGUCAAUAAAAAGCAGUGAAAAAUUUACAACGGCAUAACAUUCAUGAUGGAUCACUCUCUUACCAUGACUGCAUCUGAACAAUUGAGAAUUUGUUUAGAAGUCAUUCAAACGCAAUGCGAUCACUUUGUAUUCAUAUAGCGUUCUGUAAAUCAAAGUUGAUAACAAUUCGGCUAUCAGCAAAAAUAAUUGAAAAAACAGGUCUAUCAGAUAAAAUGUCUUAUAAAAGCAUAUUAAUAAAGUAUAUAUAACGUUUUAGUAAGAUGAUAAUAUGUAUCUAAAAUAUACACACGUGAUGAUAAUAUGUAUCUAAAAUAUACACACGUGUCAAUGGUGGCUCCAGAAAUUUGUCAACAAGGUGUCCUACAGAGGGCCUGAAGCAAGAGGCCCACUAGAGCCUCGGUCAGGUUACCGGCUUAAAAAUCCCAGGUAGAGCUUGCGGAGAGAGUUUAAAAUAAUGUUAUUUUGAUAGGUAAAUUAUUAAUUUUGGUCUGACGAUCUCGUUGUGGCCUCGGACCAGUUCAUUGCCUUUUAAUUUAUAUAUAAGUACGGCUCCUGCCUGACCCACCCAUCAUGUUUUCAAAAGCACAGUAAGAAUACUUGUGAAAGACGGUGACGUCAUACUGUUCGGUGAAAUGGAUUCGGCAAACUGAGUUUCGGUAAAAUGACCAUGGACUUGGCAAACUGAGUUUCAGCAAACUUGGUUUCGAUAAUUUGGUCGGAUACCAUCGCAACGGUCAGGAUUAUCUCUUCAAUUAAUUUUUUUGUUAUCCAGGUUCAGACUGUGACUCUCCCCCCACCCACCCAAUGACAAUGCCAAAAACAAUCAUGCUCAAAUAGUUAAAAUCUCCGACCUAGUGCCCCUGACUUAAUCACCAACCUCCCACUCCCCCCCCCCCAUCAUCAGCUCCCCCAUUUUCUCUUAUAGUUUCCAUGAGUCCAGUAUCUAUACAAGGGGCUCUGGGGAAUGUGGGAGGGCUCACAACUACAGAGUAAUUUUGUUCAGUGUUGUUUAUCUCAACUAUCAUUUUUUCCCAUCUCAAAAUGGUGCCAUACCCCAAAGGCACAUCAGUUUGUUGCCUAUUGAAAGAUAGGCCAAUCCACCAUUGUUAUCUCUUGAUUUAUUAAACACAGGUCACCCUCCAAUUAAAGACCACUUUUUGGAUCGGGGUUUCUAUGGUCCUUAGCAGCUUUAGGCCUAGUUCAAACUAGGUGGAUAAACCCAGCUCAACUCACCAGGUUUUUUCACGUGCCAGUCUGAACUAGGGGGCUUAUCUCCAGCCGGGUUGUGUUCCUAUAGUAACUAGGCUUGGCGUGCCACCGGGUUUAGCUUUUCUAAGCCGGGCUUUAAGCGCUGCGUUCUGUGAGUGAGCAUACGUUUCAAGCGCAAUGUUUUGAAGCUCGUUUCUUGGUUACGGUUCAUUAAUGCAAAUGCUCGCGCAUGGCUAAUCCCGCUAGUCUGAACGCCCAGCAAAGUUAAGCCGGGCUUAACCUUGAGCCGGGCUUAACCUAAGCCUGGCUUAUAUCCAAGUCUGAACGUAUAAGUCUCCAAUUAGAAUAAUAAAGAUGAAAGACUUUUGGGACCGGUGAGUAUGAGGGAGACCUAUUACUAAUUAACAAGAGGAGAGUGAUAAACCGCUUUCUUAUCAAUUUUUUAUUUCAGUAUUCGAUUAAUUUUGUCAUAAACUUGUCCAUUAUUUUUUAGCUUAAUGUCAUAUUUUACUGGAUGCUCAAAAACAAGCUUUAAGGCUAUCCAAGCAAUCUUGAUUAGUUAUUUAAUUAUAGUUAUGUUUUGAUUUAAAUUUUUCAGCAUUGGACAAGAGUAUUGUGAUAAACCUCUUUCUUAUCAGUUACAGAUUAUAUUUCAAUAUUUUAUUAAUCUUGUCAUUAGCCUUGCCAUUAUAUUUAGGUUAAUGUUUAGUAGAAGCUCAAAAACAGCUUUUAGGCCAUUCCAACAAUUGGGAUUAACUAUUUAAUUAUAAUUAAAUCUAUCUUUGCAUAUUAGACAAACCUCUACAUUAUAAAUUAGGAAUUAUUUCAAUACAGUCUGUAAUUAAUGUUGUCAUUGUGUCUUCCAUUUUUUUUUAGGUCAAUGUUAUAUUGUACCAGAAAUUUAAAUUGCAUUAAACACUUUGCAAAGUAUUCAAUAGGUAUUAAUUAUUAUUAUUAUUAUUUGAAUUAUAAUAAUUUAGAAAAAAACUUGUAUGAAGUUUCAUAAACAAUUUGAUAAACCUCUUCCUUCAGUUGGUGAUUUUACUUCAGUGACUUGAUUCAUCUUUUAUUAAACUUAAAAUAGAUAUUUACGGAUAUCCAGGUAUUCAGAAGUUAUUAAUAAAAUUUGAAAAAAAAUCUAAAAUUUGAAUACUGUAUUAGCUUUUCAAAAAUGAAUAUCAUAAAUAUACUGUACAUAAUUAAUGAUAUGUGUAAUUAAUAUUUAUACAGGUAAAGAAUGAGAUAUAAUAUUCAUAUUUCGCAUAUUGUCUUGCCUAGUUUACACAUUGGACAAUGAUUAUUGGCAUGUAGCAGGUAGCUCCUUUUUAUCAUGCUUCACUACAAUAAAAUAUCAAGGUAUAGCAACAUGAUUGCUCUCUGGAAUGCAUACCAGAAACUUUCAUACCACGAGAAGGCGUCAUUCAGCUGAAAUAAUAAUACACAGAGAUAUAAUAUCCAAAGUGCUUUUGUAUGUUUUUUUAUUGUGUAUUUACCGACUAAGAUAUGGCUACCUAUCGACUCUUAUUUUCAUUUAUUUUCUUAAAAAUUGUCUUUAAACGUUCCGCAAACUUUUUUAGCCCACGACGCCAAUUAUAUGCCAAGCCCUUAGACGCGAUUCGACCCAUCGAACCUGGUACAGAGCUCCUUUUUUCAUGCUUCACCACAAUAAUAUUAUAGUAACAUGAUUGCUCUCGGGAAUGCAUACCAAAACGUUCAUACCACGAGAGGGCGUCAUUCAGUCUCUGAAGUACUGAAAGUGGAAUAUUAAAGGUAAAAUAA